GUUUCUGUGGGAUGAAACAGACAGAAAACGCUUCGUGAACUUUGUGUUGUUGUUUUUUUUUAACGAGGUCUGUCUCCCAACAAGGCUGUUAUAUAUAUAUCUACCGGGAGCGCUCACCCCCCUCGAGCAACAUGGCGGAUAACAUUAUCGUCAGGGUACAGUCCCCAGAUGGGAUGAAGAAAAUUGCUUCCACCAAGAGGGAGACUGCUGCUGCUUUUUUGAAGAAGGUGGCCAAAGAGUUUGGAUUCAAUUCCAACGGCUUUUCUAUUUACCUGAACCGCAACAAGACCGGAGAGAUCCUUUCUCAGAACAAAGCCCUCAGCCUGCUUAAGAUCAAGCAUGGCGACAUGUUGUAUCUGUUCCCUUCAGGAUCCUCGACCUCCUCCGGGGAAGUAAUGGACACGGCCACCCCACAUUCAUCUUCGUCGCUACCAUCCAUCUCAUCCUCUUCAUCCUCCUCAUCGACCUUCCUGAUCCCUCGGUCCUUCUCAGCACCCCAGGUCCAAGAGGAUGAGAUAGAUCAGUAUCUGACCAAGCAGGAUGGAAAGAUCUACAGGAACAAAGAUCCACAGCUAUGUCACCAUGGUGCUCUCGGCAAAUGCGUGCACUGUGUACCGUUAGAGCCUUUUGACGAAGACUACCUGAAUCACCUCGACCCACCAGUCAAGCACAUGUCAUUCCACGCAUACAUUCGCAAGCUGACCGGGGGAGCUGAUAAAGGGAAGUUUGCAGCUCUGGAGAACAUUAGCUGUAAGAUCAAGUCGGGCUGUGAAGGACACCCUCCCUGGCCAGAGGGGAUCUGCACCAAGUGCCAGCCGAGCGCCAUCACACUAAACAGACAGAAAUACAGACACGUGGACAACAUCAUGUUUGAGAACCACACCAUCGCUGACCGCUUCCUGGACUUCUGGAGGAAGACAGGAAGUCAGAGGAUGGGCUACUUGUACGGCAGGUACACCGAGCACAAAGACAUCCCUCUGGGCAUCAGAGCCGAGGUGGCUGCCAUCUACGAACCCCCACAGAACGCCUCUCAGAACAGUCUGGAAAUGUUGGAGGAUCCCAAAGCUGCAGCUGUGGAUGAAAUCGCUGCCAAACUGGGCCUGCGCAAGGUGGGGUGGAUCUUCACUGACCUGCUCUCCGAGGACAUGAGGAUAGGCACCGUCCGCUACACGAGAAAUAAUGAAUCACACUACCUGAGCGCAGAGGAGUGCAUCACAGCCGGAUACUUCCAGAAUCAGCAAUCAAACCCCUGCAGACUGUCUCGAGACGGACAGUUUGGCUCCAAAUUCGUGACUGUGGUGGCAACAGGCGGUCCAGAUAACCAGGUGCACUUUGAGGGAUACCAGGUGUCCAAUCAGUGCAUGGCUCUGGUGAGAGACGAGUGCCUACUGCCCUGCAAAGACGCUCCCGAGCUGGGCUACGUUAAAGAGUCGUGCUCCGAGCAGUACGUACCAGACGUCUUCUUCAAGGACAAAGACAAAUUUGGGAAUGACGUCACGUUUCUAGCCCGACCUCUUCCUGUGGAGUACCUUAUCAUAGAUAUAACCACCACUUUUCCAAAGGACCCUCAGUACACCUUCUGCUCCACACAACGCUUCCCCAUCGAGAAUCGUGAAAUCUUUGGAGAGACACAAGAUUUCCACAGUUUAGCGACGUACCUGUCCCAGUGCACCUCCACGGCAUUCCUGGACAUCGUGUCAGACUUCCAUCUGCUCCUCUUCCUCGUCACCAAUGAAGUCAUGCCUCUGAGCGACAGCAUCGGGCUGCUACUAGACGCAGUGAAGACUUCUAACGAGGAUCUGGCGCAGACCUGGAAGAAGUCGGAGCAGUGGGCUACAAUCGAGCAGCUGUGCAGUACGGUUGGCGGGCAGCCCUCCAGCUCUCUGGGUUACGGGGCGAUGGGCGGCCCCUCUGCCCCCGCCUCCUCCUCAGCCAUGUGGUCCUGCGUCCACUGCACCUUCAUGAACCAGCCUGGCACAGAGCACUGUGAAAUGUGCAGCCUGCCCCGCAGUUAAACCCCCCCCCCCCCCUCCUCCCCUUCCCCCCCUCCCUUCCUCCCCCCGCCACCUCGCGCCCACCUCCCACCUCCACCUCCACCGCUCCGCUGCUUUUCCUCCAAACUCCCCCCCUCUCCUCCUCCUCUAAUCUGAUCCGGCCCAGCCCUUCUCUUAACCCGCCAAUGACAUCACAGCACCUGGAACAGCUGCCAGAUUCGGAUGCCCGUUUUUUGGGGGUGGGUUUUGUUUUUUUUUCUUUUUCUUCUUUAUUCGCCUCACUUUUGAAGCCUCUGUCCCCUCCCCCAUCUUACGGGCUGCUGUGACGCGCAGAAGGAUGCACUCGUUUACAUCGAAUCCAGUAAAUAAAGCAAAACCAGACUGUGUUUCUUCUUCUCUUUUUUUUUUUAAUGUAUCCCUCCUCGCAGCAGCUGAUGUGAGUGGCUGGAGAGGGGGGGGGGGGGGUACGUUAUAGGUAAAGCACUUUUUUUGGCUGAGGCCCCCUUUUUCCCUCCUUUCAACCUACCCACCUACCCCACCCUACCCCCCGAAUAAUCACCCGCCUCUCAUGGCUCAAAUAAAUCCUGCUGUGACUCAGGACAACAGCAAAGACUCGAGUGUUUGGAUGUUCUCUCACAUCAGUGCCCCCCUCUCACUCUCACAACGUCUUCUGGAAAUCUUGCUGUGUAUAAAUACAUUUGAGGAAUGAUACUGUUAUUUAAUUCAGCUUUUUUUUUUUCUUCUUCUUCUUCUUUUUUUAAAAAAAACAAUCUGAUCGUAGCGAUACCUUAAAAAGUUUAGAUUCUUCAGCUCGGACUUUGCUCAGUCAGGUUUUUAUAGGUCUCUUUGACAAGCCCCUCCCCCCCCCAAAUCCUAAACCCUAAACCCCCUCCCCUCCUUUUAAAGUACAAUCAUCGGUCAAAUCCCAGACCUGAAAACAUUAAAAUCUCUGGAGUAAUUUCCACUUGAAUUUAUAUUUUCAGUAUUAAACAACGUCUCAACCGUAAAAAAA